UCAGGACCAGGGGCACGGUGCCCAUCCAGGCACGGCUAGCAACCAAACUUUAGAGCUGAGGCAGAGAGAGAUAAUAGAUGUCCCAGCAUGAAGUGAUGAUUUUCUGGAGAGCAGAUCGAUCGAAGUUGCAUUGCGAGUGUUCGCGAGUGCAUUUGAGGCGUGGCUGGAGAAUGAGGGACUUGCUGGUGUGAUGAGGGGUUCAGAGGUACCUGUUGGUGCAACUGGUAUGGACUUGAACUGGUUGAGGAGCACGUACGGAGAGGAGAGAGUGAAGCAACCGAGGAAGAUUUGGACGUUCAUGCUUGCUAAGAUCACAGCUCAACCCGUACAAGCCCAAAUAUUGGCUGCAGAGUCACCCCAAGCAGGGUACCGUGUCUUUAUCGAUCAAUACAGCCAAGACAAAAGCCAGGAGAGACAAAACCUAGAUGACGCAUGGAAUGUAAUAGGUCAGAGGCAAGGAGAGAGUCUAAUGGACUAUUACGGUAGGGCAGUCGCGUUGUGGAUGAGACUUCGCUCGUAUGGGGAUUACCGGGAUGAAAAGUCAAUGUGCAGGCACAUUGUCAGGGGAUUUCUCCCAAGGUUCGAAAAAACCAAAGACCGUCUUCUGUUUGAUACGAUGUUGUCGAGGGCAACCAUGCAGGAGAUGCUGAGGAUGGAAGAGCACGAGCUGAGGUACGAGCGGAGAGAUGGAGAGCGGAAGGAGGAGAUGAGGCACGCCCUCGUCGCUGCCGGCGUGGGCCGGGGCGGCGGGGCGGGGAAACCAGCCGCUGCAGGAUCGGAGCAAGGCGGACAUCGACCUCAGCAGCCACAGGGGUCGUUACCGCUACAUCAACAAAAUCAGCAGCAGCCAUCGCACUUCUGUCAGCUCCACGGCCCCAACAGCACCCACGAGACCUCCGAAUGUGAAAAGUUGCGCAACGAAUUCAUCGCCCACUACAACGAGUUCUGCGCGUACAUGAGCGGGAGGCGGGAGGCCCAGGGGUUUGUUUUCCCUCGGGGCGGAGCUCAACACUCGGGGCGGAUGGUUGGUGGCCCAUCUCGACAGCAGCCGUACCAAAACGAACAAGGUGCAGGCUGGAGUCGGGGCCACUCUCCUGCGCUGCCGGGACCGCCGCGUGGCCCAGGAUCCGGAGCUGGAGGACAGCUGCAGGGGCGCAACUCGGGGGGGCGUGGGCAUGGUGGUUACGGUCCUUACCCCCCGGAGAACCGAGGUCGUCAGGCCGACUCUGGAGCUAGUGCAAUGAUUUCGAACAAAGUGGAUGCAAUGUACAACGUACGCCACUUGGGCCCGGAUGAACAGUUCAUACAGAUUGGAGACUCGGCCCUUAUCAAGGUUGCCGCUGUAGGGAGUUUGGACCUUAGGUUCCACCAAAUCGGAGCCGACGGGAAACAGGAGGAUUUGGACGUUACGGUGCCAGAGGUUUUGUUUGUGCCCGGGUGUGGUUUCAACCUUUUCUCGGUAUGGAAGGUGUCUCACAAGCAUGAGGUCCGUAUCAACCCCAACGCGGAGUACUCGGCAAAGAUGAUUGAUGUGUGGGAGAGUGAUGAGUGUGAGCGCGCUAUGGCUGUGUUGGGUCCUGAGAAGACGCCUUUCAAUGUCGGUAAUGCACGAAAGGUCAUGGAUAUUAACACGUUCCACUACCGUGCCAGCCACUUGUCCGAACCCAUUUUGAGGCUGUCCGUAAAGCACCACGGGAUUACCCUCACGGGCACGAUGGACAGCUGCCGCUGGUGCUUGCCGGCGCGUGGGACGAGGGCACCGGUGCCGAAGCAGGGGGGCGGGUACCGCGGCAAGAGGGCGCCGAACGACGUGUUCCACAUCGACCUCUGCGGCGCGUACACGGCGACGAUCGGUGGUAACCACUACAUGCUCUUCGGUGUGGACGCCGCCACGGGAUGGAUGGCCUGCUACGCCAUGCGGCGUAAGUCGGAGGCGCUGGGGGUCGUCAAGCGCAUGGUCGUGGAUGCCGCCCACAAGGCUGGUACCGCGAUCAAGUGCAUCCGCUGCGACUGCGAUGCCCUCUGGACCAGCGGCGACUUCAAGGAGUUCUGUGACGGCAUGGGGAUCGCGCUCGAGUACUCCCCUCCCGGAGUGCAGCAGUACAACGGCGUCGUCGAGAGCGCCAUCCAGAGGUGCCUCAAGGAUUUUCUCGUGUCCGCGGGCUGA